AGAUGGAGGUAGCGGGGCUGGCCGUGGUGCCGGCGGCGGCGUGAGGCGGCGAGGGCCGCGGGGUAGGCGGCUCGGAGGGAGCCGGCGCGGCUGCUUGAGGGGCGGCGAGAGGCGCUGAGGCGAUGCUGUCGAUGUAUGGAAUGCUGUUGUCGGCUCUGCUGGGCUCCUGCCUGACACUGCUGUGCCAGAUCCUGCUCUUCUACCGGAGGAAGCCCGAAACCCCCGAGGGGCCGACCUCGGCGCCCAGCCCCGGCAUCUACACCACCCGGGCAGUGCCCGACACCAGCCUCAAGGACUACUUCGCCGGCUUCGUUGGCGGGGUGCAAGAGGGCACUGGCUCCCGCAUUCUGCUCCCCAGCCAGUCCCCUUCCAAAAACGACCAGGGCGCCACCUCGGACUCCUCCUCUAGCUCGGUGGUGGAGUUCACCGAGGAGACCCUCUACUGGCUCAAUGCCAUCUGUCUCUUUCUCUUCAGGGAGCUCAAGGACACUGGCUUUGUCAGGCACUGGGUCACCAGGAAGAUCAAGGUGGAGUUUGAGGAGCUGCUCCAGACAAAGGUGACAGGCAAGGUGCUGGAGGGGCUCAGCUUGAGGGAUGUUGCCUUUGGGAAUGUCGUGCCCGUUUUCAAGAACAUCAAGAUCCUGAGGCCAGUGACUUGUAGCGAGGAAGGAUGCCCUGAGGAACUAGACUUUGAGGUGGAUGUUGAGUACAAUGGUGGCUUCCACUUGGCCAUUGAUGCCGACCUUGUCUUUGGCAAGUCGGCAUAUCUCUUUGCCAAGAUCUCUAGGGUGGUGGGUCGGGUGAGGCUGGUCUUCACGCGCUUGCCCUUCACUCACUGGUCUUUCGCCUUUGUUGAUGAGCCUGUAAUUGGUCUUGAAGUCAAGUCACAGUUUGAAGGAAGGCCCUUGCCACAACUUACUUCCAUCAUUGUCAGCCAGUUCAAGAAAGUCAUUAGGCGCAAACAUACUUUACCUCAUUAUAAAAUCAGGUUCAAGCCGUUUUUUCCAUUUCAAGUUGUGCCACCUGAAGAAUUUAGAGAUCUGAAUCUCAGUAUACAAGAUUUUUCACUAACUGAAGGACGACUGAAAGUUUCCUUAAUAGAAUGUUCAAGAUUACUUAUUUUUGGAUCCUAUGAGAGAGAAGUAUCUAUUCAUUGCACAUUUGAAUUAAGUGAAAAAGUUUGGGAAGAAAAAGAAAGAUCUUUUAUCAAGACGGCAGAACUAAUAAAAGGAAAUUCACCAAGUGUUGGACUCACUCUGCGCCAAAUACAAGUUAAGGAAGGUGAAACAGGGCAUGUUGUCAUUGAAACUAUCACACCGAACUCAGCUGCAGCAGCAGCUGAUCUUCAGAGAGGGGAUAGGCUUAUAGCUAUUGGAGGAGUGAAAAUUACAUCAACAAUACAAGUGCUAAAGCUCAUCAGACAGGCUGGUGACAAAGUCAUCGUACAUUAUGAGAGGCCUGUUGGCUAUAACCAACAGAAUUCAGUACCGCAAGAUAGUCUUGCACCAUUUGUAAACUCAGAUGAGGAGACAUCAGCAGAUCUAGAAAACAAAGAACUGGAUUUACAAUUUGAGGAUUUGGCAAAUGAAUUAAAGUCAUAUGAACCCGGAGAUGAUUCUUCAACCAGUCCCAAGCAUACCACAGUGUCAUCUACAGCGAAACCACCUGGAACUGUAUCACCACUACCAAGCCGCAAGGCACAUUUUGGAAGUCCUCAGGCAAGUGGAAAGGCACUUUUCAGAGAGGCAGCCAAACAAGUGGUACUAAAAAAUGCUGAAAAUAUAGAUGCAACCCACCAAACAAACAAACAGACAAGUAAACCUCCUGUCCCACCCAGGCCACAGUUUAAAAUCACACCACUUCCUAAUGAAGUUCAAAAUACACUAGAAACUGGUGACUUAUCUGCUGAGAAACCAGAGAAGCAGCCACUUCCUGCAAGUAAUGGAGAUAAAAAUUCAGAAAAGCUAACAAAAAAUACUGACAUAGAAGAAGAACCAACAGGAUCCAAAUUAGUUGUAAAUAAACCAGAAGCAGUUAAGGAGCCUUCCGAUUCCACACCGAAUGUCAAAGCAGUUCCAAACAAACCAGCUGCAAACAAACUAGAAUCAAUAAAGGAGACUUCAGAAUCAUUACAGAGUUCCAAAGCAGUUACAAACAAAGCAGUUACAAACAAAUUAGAAACAGUAAAAGAACCUUCAGAAUCUUCACAAAGUUCUAGGUCAACUACAGAAAACCAUAAUUCAUGGGAAACACCAGAAAUUCCUUAUCGCAAACGAUUAGGUAAAUGGACAAGGACAAAGACUGCUUCCUACAUAUUUGAAGUAGAAAAAGAGCACAAGUACCUAAAUGUUGCCGUUUGGUGUAGGGAUCCUUUCAAAUUAGGUGGGCUUCUCUGUUUAGGAUAUGAAAGCAUAAAACUUGAAGAAAUAGCUUUAGAUUGUAUAGCUACAUCCUCCAUGGAAUUCAUUAGACAAUUUAGAUUAAAUCCUCCUGCACCUAAAGCUUCAGUAACUAGAACUGCAUUGCGUAAUUUGAUUUCUCACAAAGGUUUCAAUGAAAAUUUUUGUUACGGUGAUAUUACUAUACAUUUUAAAUAUUUAAAGGAGGGUGAACCAGAAGACUCCAGUUUUCUCCUGGAAAAAGAAAAAGAAAAUAUUUCAGAGGAUGAGUCUGCUCCCAUUCUUCCCAAAGACGAUCCUUAUUUGGGACAGAUUAUCUACACUGAAAACAAGCAUAAUUUUCAGGACACCCAGUUUCAGAAUCCAACUUGGUGUGAUUACUGCAAAAAAAAAGUUUGGACCAAAGCAGCAUCACAGUGUGUGGUUUGUGCAUACGUUUGCCACAAAAAAUGUCAAGAAAAAUGUCUAACGGAAAGCCCAUUUUGUUUAGGAGCCACAAGACGGCUUGAACGAGACCUUCGCACUUUUAAAUUUGAUAGCCCUGAUUCUCUAAGCGUACCAGCAUCUCGUGCCGAUACAGAAUUGAAAACUGCAACCAGAACAACAGGUUUAACGAGACAUAUCAUCAACACUAGCUCCCGGUUGUUAAAUCUUCGUCAAGUUCCUAAAGUUCGUGUUAAUGAGCCAGGGGCUGAUAUAGUAGUAGAACCUUCGCCAAAGCACACUCCACAUGGUUCCGAUAAUGAAGGUAGCGACACAGAAACUGGUGGUCCAAGUAGCCCUUCCAAGCAAACAGGUACAGGGAUAAAGUUAGCAAGAAAGGAAGGCGGAUUAGAUGAUAGCGUCUACAUUGCUGUUAAAGAAAUUGGUCGAGACCUUUAUAGAAGUUUGCCUACAGAAGAAAGAAUCCUGAAAUUAGAGGUUAUGUUGGAAAAACUACAGUUUGAAAUAGACCAGGAACUGGAGAAUAACAAUUCUUUAAUAAGAGAAAAGAAAGAAACAACAGAUACAAGGAAAAAAAUGCUAUUGUCUACUGCAUUGGCUAAAUCGGGUGAACGACUGCAAGCCCUAACACUCCUUAUGAUUCACUACAGAGCAGGCAUUGAAGAUAUAGAAGCUUUAGACCUGGAAUCCAGAAAAGAGGAUAAAUAUGAAGACGAAGAAAUGGAUAAUGAAGCUGAUAGUGCUCUAGUAAUGGAGCCAGUACUCGAACAACUACUAAAAGAAGGAGAGCUUGAAAGAUCUGAUGACUUAGUAGAUUGAUGUUGCACAUUUGGCCUUGAGAAUGAUAAACUGGGAAAAUACUUUGCACUUAAUCAAAACCACACCAGAUACAUUAAAAUGUAAUUAAACACUGGUAAAAUGUAUACAAGCUGCUUUUCCACAGGUUUUUUUAAUCUCUGUAAGAGUAUGGUUAGAGUUUUCUUUACAAGUACUGUUCCCCUUUCUUGUUUUUUGUUGACAUAGCUGGUCCAAUUUGUGUUUAAAGAACAUUUUGGAAGUUUAUACUGAAAGAUUAAUUUAUUUGAACUUUUUCUAAAGUUUCAUGCUAACACAGUUGUUUUAUUUUUUUGUUCCUUUCCGUUAUUAAGUUUAAUGUUUUUAUUUUUAACUGCAUGCUGAAAUUUACAGCCAUGGGGACCAGGUUCUGAAGAUUUUGAUUGUGUCUCAUUAUUUGGCUCUUUGAUUUAUUUCAGAGCAGGGGUGUUUUGUUUUUUGCCAAUCAUGCAUCAUAGCCAACACAGGCUUUAUUUUCAGUUUAGUAAAGGUGUUACUACAUA